CAAGUGCUUGUUCAACAAAAACCGUCAAUAUUCAACAGUAUUCUACGCCAAAACGAGCAUUAGACAUUUACAGUUGAUUUUGGCCGACGAACUUUGUUUGCCGCACUCGCCGCCAAAUGGCGGAGCUUACUGAGAAAGAUGACCCCGUUACUUCGUCUAUUUUACAUUUCGUUCAAGAAGUCUUUCUCGUAUUUGUCAUAGCCGCAGCCAUCGUACUUAACUUUUCUGUAGUUUAUGUUAUUUGCAGAAACAAACAUCUCAGGAAGAUCACCACUAAUAUAUUCAUUUUAAACCUGGUUGUGUCUAACGCGUUAAUGGCAAUAUUUGUGAUGCCACUGAGCUUGGUAACGUUUAAAAGAUUGGGUUGGACCAUUGAUUCAUCGCUUUGUAAGAUGAAUGGAAUUUCCAGUACUAUGUUGUGCUUUGCAUCCAUCUCAACUCUAUGCUGCAUCAGUGCUGAUCGAUACUUAGCAGUGGUCAGACCAAUGCGCUACAAGCAUGUGCUAACCCCGAGGAGAGCGUUCUGCAUGCUCAUGCUGGUUUGGUUAGGGUCUCUGUCUCUCGCUUGUUUGCCACUGAUCACUAACUACGAGUUUCACCCAGGAACGAACCACUGCUCUCCUGCAUGGCAUCGUAGCUGUGAAUUAUACGGAUUCAUGACUGUUUUAGCUCUCGGAAUACCUUUAGUAACUCUUCUUUCCACUUAUGGUAUGAUAUACUCGUCUGUGCGUAAGCAUGCAAAAAGAGUUUCUCAUUGGAGGGUUUCAACCAGUGGCGCAAGCGGGCAGCGGGACAGCACGUGCGUACGAGAAGCUGAAAUCACGGGACAUGAAAUAGACUCGUUUCUCUCUAAUUCAGCGCUUGAUGAGGAACAUACAGAACGUAAUUUGAGUAGAUUCAAAAAGUAUGUAGAUCAGAACAAUUCGGAAAAGUUCAUUGCACCUCUACGAGCUUUUGGAUGCAAAGGAGAAUCUUCUAAGUCAGAGAUUCCAGACAGACAUCAAGACAAAAAGUUUCGAUCGUAUUCCGCUGGAUGCGAGCACGCUAGAACGGACGAGAAUAUUCCUCCUUUCUCCUUACGAAUGAAGUUAGCUGAGGAAGCGGAUAAUGAGCCUGCGAGACCGCGAUCGUGCUCUGUCAGCGUGAAAUUUUCUGUCAGUGAGCUCGUACCAGGAACUGUUUCACCUUUUUUUUGCCCGCAUGACCUGGAAGGAGAACAAUUCCACAGAUCGCUGAGGAUGAGUAGUUAUUGUAUGCUGAAGGAAAAAAGCUUUACUUUUCCAGAGCCAAAGUCGUGUAGCUCUUUAGAAUUGCGCCAGACCAUUGAUUCAAUCAAGGAAGGAAUGCCUUCUCAUUCAAUUAGUUUUACGGUAACCAGCGCUUCCACUCCUGCUGUAAGCCCUGACUUAAACAUUCCAGUCCCGUUUACUUUGAACAGAGUUAUUUUGCCAGAUCAGAGGUCUUCAGGAAACUAUAAUGAAACGUCACAGUUUUCAGAUGAGUCGAAACAAGCGUGGAAUUCAAAAACCUGUCCUAACCAUCUUCAGUUACCGCCCACCCCCAUGCCUAUUUUUGUUAAACCUGUCAAUCCGGAUGAACCCGUCCGUAGUAGGAAAGCAAGUUUACCAGAGCUGAUCUCUCGGCCGAAAUCUCGUUCGCGAUCUCUCAGUUUUGGAACGUUGUAUGACGCAUCUGACAAGAACCCCACAUUACUUAAAGCACCUACCACGCAGAAAAUUAGUUCUCCCUUAUUACGACUUCGUGCCAUUUCAAAAUUUAAAAGCAAACUUCGUGUUAGCGUCGUACCACGCGAGUACAAGGUGGCUAAAAUCGGGUUCAUUCUCGUGAUGGUUUUUUUCUUAUCUUGGGGUCCGUACAUGAUGGUGCAUAACUGUCAGCCCUCCUCCAAGACCCCUCUUUGGGUGUACCGAAUAGCCAUGUGGUUGGUGUACUUGUCGUGUGUAUUGAAUCCUAUUGUGUACGCAUUAUCAAGUAAACAUAUCAGAACAGCUUUUAGCAACCACAUGAAGUGCUGUAAAAGGCUAAACGCUCGUAUAUCGAUGCGUCGUGCGCGACCAAGAGCGGCAACAAUAGCCUGAAAACAGUUUUACGCUUUCACAUUAAGUUGAUGAGGACACUAAUAGCUUUUCGCAUUCACUAACACCUACGCCCUUGAACAGGGGUAAGGGAUGUUAGUAAUGAGCGAGAGUGACACAUGGAUGAGACCAGGCAAAAGACGCAAAAAUUGGCGUGUUCGCGUUGCAUAUUACUCAUUGUUUUCAUUUAUGGACUUAAUGUGACAAGAAAGUCUGCUUCAAACGCUACUUUGGAAUGUUUAUUACAACACUGACAGAGAAGUCGGUAGAGAGUUGAUUCAGAGUAUUCUCUGUAAUCUUUUUGUGGUGAUCUUGAAAUUGUGCAAUUUAAGGUCUUUAUAGGUAUAGUCUGCUUUGAGUGAUCAUAUUCACCACGAUGAAAUAAAAAGCUACCAUGAAUAAGAUAGGAUAAGCAAAAAUGUAAGGAUACGAAUACCCCAAAAUUCUGCAGUUGGAAGAUUUCUCUGUUUGUUGCCUGGUAAAAUCUUUCACGUAAAUAAGGGAUGACAACCUAUAAAAUUAGAGGUUUUAACGAUUUUUAACCAAAUUUAUUCGAAAGUAGCCAGCUUUGUUCAUAAAGAACAAGCAGUUACUUCAGGAAUGGAUCUUCAAAAAUGAGCAAUAGUUAGUAGUUGUACCUUGAGACAUUCAGUUUCAGAUAUUUUAUUGCUAAAUCCUUGAUACAUGGUGCUAUAAGUAAGCAAAACCGUUUCUACAACUUUUUCGUAUCAUUCCAAGCUUUAAAAUCUCAACAAGUUCCUCUUUUUCAAUAAAAAAAUUUACAAAAGCAGUGUAAGAAUGUUUGAACCAAUUUUACAAAGAGCUUACGAUAACAUGAUCAGUACACAUGUACUGCUUAUAAAACCUUCUCAUGUAUAACUUGGUCUAAGUUUCCUUACAUGAACUGGUUUUAAAUGGCAACUUGGGCCAAUUAACCCUUUGACAUCCAGAAGUGACUAACACAUAACUUCUCCCUAGGAUAUCAAUUCAUUAUCCCGCAAACAGGUAAUAAUUUACUCAAACUUGUCAGGUACAAGUUGUUAUCUUGAUCUGUAACCAAAUUCUUCUGACUAAUUUGCAUGGAAAUGUUUAGCAGCUAGAGGGGAGAAUUUACAAUCAGAUCAUGGGUUGAGAACUGGUCCACUUGAGCUCAUUGACAAUUACAGUUUUCAGAACACAUAAACUAUUUGGGUUUCUUCCUGCAUAAAUUGUUGAAGAGGUAGGUGGUCAUCUAGAUGAGAGAAUUAACUACUUGAUCAUUCAUGCAUGUGUAGUGUUAGUGACUCCACAAAAAUUCACACACCUCCCUAAAGCCUAA